UCGUGGCGGGAGAGCUCCGUGUCGUGACGUCCUGAGGUGAUGAUGACGUUUGAUCCGUCCUUCGCUCCAUUCUGCGGAUUUUAAAUGUUUACAAACUAAAUUCACCGCUCGCCUUCUGCUCUACUGCUCCUCCUGUGACUCCUGUUUGCUCCCCUCACCCCCCCAUCCUCUCAACUCACGAUUUAAGAGUCAUCACCUUCAAGAAAACCAUGGAAGGUGAUGAGGAGUCACCGACACAUCUUCCUCAGUGCCCAGCUGGAUCAGCAGUGGGUAGGAGAAAUGUGAAGGUUAAAAGUGAGGAGUCCAGCAAUGAGAGAAUUGAGUGGACGGUGGGGGUGAAAACAUCCAAACCCAAAAUAUCAGUUGAGCUUUCUUCCUGUGUUUGUAAAGACAAAGGAUCCUGCAUGUGCAAAAAUGGCCUUUUUGACUCACCAUCAUCGCUCUGUCUCUCACCGGGGACUACUGCAGCACAAACACAGAUGCCGAGCCCGAAGCCCAAGGCCAGGAUGUUGGUAGCAUGCAGGCAGCUGAUUGAUGGGAGCGAGGCGGCCUCUCUCGGGGACCAAUCUCAUCUGCCCUUACUAACACUGAAAGGAGCUGUAAGUUUGGGAAAAGCUUCAACAUCAGCUGCUCAGCAAGAAACGGUCAUCAAAGACCCAAGAUUGAACCGGAAGCUGUGUUACAACAACAGUGAGGUCAUAAUAAACGACGCCAAAAAGCAAUAUUACAGAGACCUUUGUCAGCAGGUAGAGGAGAGGAAACAACUGACAGAGAGGGAGAGAAGAAGAAAAACCACUGAUGAACAAAAACACAAUGACACCAUGCAACACUCUAUCUGGGGGAUGCCAGGAAGUGGCGCACCGAACUACCACCUGGGCACAGUGAGAAGGAGCAAAAACCUCUACGCCGCAGGGAUUUUACCUCAGGAGCAGAUCCGUGAUAAAGGCUUGAGAGGGAACCCCCUGCACCAUAACACCCCCAAACUGAGACAGCUGGGGGCGACAGAGCAGUCAGGAAAAUAUACUCCCGACUCGGGUGCAUAUGAGUUGCUGCAUUAACUGGUGCUUGCAACUGCGUCCCCAUUUUCCACUUUGCAUACCAAGAAGAGGUUCAUGGCCUUCAUUGGUUCUUCCCAUAAUAGAGGAGGCGUCUAACAACUUAAAGGGGUGCUAAAUGGAGCACAUUUUAUAUAGCAGUUUGUUGGUGUGGGAGUUGCAGUAUGGUAAGUUGUUUUUAACUCCUUUAGGGCAAGUCAACUUUGACAUUUUCAUAAAGAGGCAAUCCAGUGAUCUAGUAUUACACUUACAUAAAGUUGGGGGGAAAGAAUGGUAAAAAUCAAAGCAGCACAGCCAGAUAUAUCCUGUCUUUUAGUCUCUAGUAUGAGUUAAUCUCCAAAAUCACUGGGUCCUUCAAUUCCCACAAUGCAACUCAGUAUCUUUCACUAGACCCUCAUCCUGCAUCUGUAAAUGCCCACAACUCUCAUAAACCACACCUCCAGUUUGUAAUGCAGUCAGGGCUUUCUGUAAAAAAUAUAUAAAAAAAUCAGGGUGACUUUCUUAAAAUUCAGGAAUUUCCCUCCAAAGCAGCAGAAGAAAUUAUCUCAUAUCUCAUGACGAGUAACCUAAACUUCAUUUGUAAAAUCUGUGAUUUCCCUACAGUCUUAAAGUGGCCAUCUACUGUAAAUUACAGUAUUUGACAGUGUUUUCCUUUCAAGUUAAUAGGUGGUUAAAUAGUCAAGCUGUGUGGUUAUGCAAGGCCUGUCUGAAUCUCAAGUCAGGUGGGUAAUCUCUAGAAAGUAAAGUCUCACAGCAGUCAAGUUCAAGUCAAGCCUUAAGUCCUCAUUUUUGUGAUGCAAGAUUGAAAUCUACAACCCUGCUGUUAGGCAGAGCUGGAGAUCGAAACCCCUAUGAUUACUGGACAACGCAGCCAACAAGUGAACUCUAUGACUGGGUUGAAUUUAGAUUUGUCAGCAAAAAAAACAGGAAAGGAAAGUUUGAUUCAAUAGCUGACUCACAUAAAACUGAAAAGAACUCGUAUAAUUGCAGAUGAUGCAAUUAUAAGUUGCAGAGAGUGAGAUUACAAUAGCCUACACAGGUCAGUUAGACGUUUUGAAUAAAUGUACACUUUGGUUAAAGAGUACUGGUAAACAGGAAGAAAAAAGAAAAUGUUGAUGACUCAUAUCUUGUCACAAUGUGUGAAACUGUGUUCAUCAUAGUGUUUGACAGUAGCAACAGCUGCAUUGUGUGAAUAACUAAUAUAAACACUUUGUCCAAAAACUUUCCCCUGAUUGAUCUCUCAGGUACUCUUCAGAUGAUUAUAUAGUGAAGAGAGAUGACUCAUCCCCUCUAAUUGCAUGGCUUUGUUAGCGUGACGUUAGCGAGCUCCUAAUUGGAACAGUUUACGCAGACGCAUGUGUGCAAGUAUUCAGGUUUCAUGGGCUACUGGGGCUCAUGGUGAAGGGCAGCAGCAGCUUUGUCCCUCCGUGGGUGAGUAAUUAUGAUGUAGGGAUAGUUAGAACGGACAGUGGUUAUAGUGUAGGCUGGAAGGGUUGGUAAUUACUACUGUGGAGCAUUAAACUCCAAUUAUAGUCUCACAUACAACAGAGAAACUAGUCAUAACUUUUACUUGUUGGUUUACCAAUUUGUGAAUUAAAGUUGGUUGAUUUGAUGAAAGAGUACAACAAGCUGUACAGUUAGUUUUAAAAAUAUUUCAGCCAUUGUAGCAGUUUUUCUCCACAGUCAUGGUAGCCUGGUUUCAGACCACUAAAUUGCAGGGUUAAGGUUAAGGUCAGAUCUUCUUAGCAGUUCAAACGGUCAAAUUGUGAAAACAAAAUGGCAAAUCAGUCCGCUUAACAGGUGAGUGUCGUGGAGGAUCUGGAGCUUAUUUCAGUGUUUGGGCACAGAAACACAUAUAACCACAUAAGUUAACCACAAAGCAGAGCAGCUGCAGAAGCACUUACAGUCUAACACAUCCAGGAAGGUCAAAGGUCAAGAAGCUGACAGUUAUUUUUAAAGACAUGCCUGAAAAAUAAACAAAAUCAUAUGCAUGUUAUUUUUUCUUUUGAUUUCUUUGCAAUGUGCAUGUUUAAAUGAACUGACAUUAUCAUUGUGGUUCUGUUUUUACUUAUCAAAUCCAAUUUAAAUUAAAAUUGCUCCAUUUUUGGUGUUUUAAUUAGGCCUUUGUAUAGUCCUCACGCAGUUUUAUUGUUGGAUGCAAUGGAAAUAUUGUGACUAUAUUGUUUAUUGUACAGUAUGAAGUGUUAGGACAAACACUGAUUAUAUGUAUUUUACUGUCAGAGUAUUUGUUGCUGAGGCAGCAACUAAUGGGGAUUCAAAUAAAACAAUAAAGACA